AUGAGCACGGAAAAAGACUACCCCUCCAUAAUCACUGAGAAACGGGGCAAGGCGGUAAUUCAUGACCCGCUACUGAAUAAAGGUAGCGCGUUUACCAAAGAAGAAAGAGACACACUGGGGCUGCACGGCCUCAUACCGCCACAGCAGAACACUCUGGCACAACAAUCCCGUCGUGCCCACAACGCCCUGCUAAGGUUGUCUGAACCUUUGGAUAAGUAUGUUGGGUUUUCGGCCUUACAGGACCGUAACGAGCACCUUUUCUACCGCGUCCUUAUGGAUCACAUGACCGAGUACAUGCCCAUCGUGUACACACCCACCGUGGGUCUUGCGACCCAGAAUUUCAGCCAGGUCUUCCAGCGCGGUCGCGGCAUUUGGAUUGACCCAAGUAUGCGCGGCAAAAUAGCUGACGUACUACGCACGGCGAUGGGCAACGCAGAUAUACGAUUAAUUGUCGCCACUGACAACGAAUCUAUUCUGGGCAUUGGCGACCAGGGCGCCGGUGGUAUGGCCAUUUCGAUCGGUAAACUGGCGCUGUACGUCGCCGGCGCGGGCAUCAAUCCGGCCCAGACUCUCCCCAUCAGCCUCGACGUUGGCACCAACAACGAACUGCUGCUGGAUGACGACCUCUAUCUGGGCUGGCGCGAGAAGCGCUUAAGCGGUGAAGCCUACACCACGUUUAUCGCAGAGUUUGUUGACGCUGUGCGCGCCGUCUUCCCCAACACUUUGCUGCAGUGGGAAGAUUUCCGCAAAGACAAUGCGCUGGCCAUUCUGGAGCAGCAUCGCGAUAACAUUCUGUCUUUUAACGACGAUAUUCAGGGCACCGGCGCGGUCGCGUUAGCUGGCUUAUUCAGCGCAUUGCGCAUCAGCGGUGAAAAACUGGCAGAACAGAAAAUUGUCAUUCAUGGCGCAGGCGCUGCCGGAUUGGGCAUUGCCCGCCAGAUCAAAGCUGCAUUAGCUGAGCGCGGCCUUUCCGCUGCUGAGAUUCAUAAAUGUCUGGCUGUUCUCGACAGUCGCGGCUUGCUGGUUGACGAUCAGCCUUUAAGUGAUGCCUAUAAGUCAGAACUGGCCUGGGAAGCGAGCCUUGCUGAGCAAUAUGGCUUGUCUGACCCCAGCAGACGACAGCUUGAAGAUGUUGUCAGUCAGUACAAACCUACAGUUCUCAUCGGCACCUCAGGACAGGCCGGCGCAUUUACCGAACAGAUGGCCAUCACCAUGAUGGAAGUCACCGAGCGCCCGAUCAUCCUGCCUUUUUCCAAUCCAACGCAUCAUGCCGAGGCCACACCGUCGGACCUGCUGCACUGGACUAACGGCAAAGCGCUGAUCGCCACCGGCAGUCCGUUUGAACCGGUAGGCUAUGCCGGCCAGAUCUAUAAGAUUGGCCAGGGUAACAAUGUCUUUAUUUUCCCGGGCCUGGGUCUGGGCGCAUUGCUGGCAAACAGUUCUGUUGUCACCGACGAAAUGGUCAGUGCCGCCUCCAAAGCUGCUGCUGAAUCGCUGACCGAGCAGGAACUUGCAGACGGUAUGUUGUACCCGGAAAUUUCACGCCUGCGUGAGGUCACCAAAAACGUUGCACGCGCAGUGGCGGGCAAAGCCAUAGACGAUGGCUACGCCAAUUCAAGCAAAGAGCAGCUGAACAACUGGGAGCUUCCUAUGUCCGCACCCGAAUUGCGCCUCGCCAAUAAAGUUGCCCUCAUUACCGGUGGCACCAGUGGCAUCGGCGCCGCCACCGCCGCGCUCUUUAUUGCACAGGGCGCAAAAGUGGCCAUUGCUGGACGCUCAAAAGAUAAAGGCCAGAAACUGGCGGAUGAACUUGGCGCAAACGCCAUUUAUGUGGCGGCCGACAUCACCCAGGAAGAAGACAUCGCUGCAGCCAUUGACGCAACCGUUACACAAUUCGGGCAACUGGAUAUUCUGUUUAACAACGCUGGCGGACCGGUAGGUGCGCCUAUCGACCAACUCACCUCAGAGCACAUCAACUAUGGUGUCAGCCUGCUGCUGUCCAGUGUCAUCCUGGGUACGCGUUAUGCCAUUGAACCCAUGAAAGCAGCCGGUGGUGGCGUCAUCAUCAACAACUCAAGCGUGGCGGCGAUCCGCUACCGGCAAGGUGAUGUGUUGUAUUCAGCGUUGAAAGCUGCCGUCACCCAUUACACAAAAAUGGCAGGCAUAGAGCUGGCGCCUUUUGGCAUUCGCGUCAACUCAAUAUCACCCGGUGCAAUUGCUACACCCAUUUUCUACGGCGGCUCAGGACGCGCAAACACGCUGAGUGAUGAAGAAAACCAGCGCAAAAUGGCGAAACUUGAAGCCAACCUGGCCAAUGCUGUACCUCUGAAAAAAACCGGUGUCGCCAACGACAUUGCAGAAGCCGCCCUGUAUCUUGCCAGCGAUGCCGGACGUUUUGUUAACUGUCACGAUCUUGUCGUCGAUGCAGGCAGAACAUCCAUGUUCUACGAGCCCAACGACUAG